AUGACAGAGAAGGUGAUUGCAACGGAGCAGAUCGUCGGAGACGGGGUGUGUCUUCGGGGCCAGCUUGUGGACGAAGCUACCAGAUGUAGCCACUACUAUUCUGACGUAGAUGUGAUAGCCAUCAAGUUCAGAUGUUGUCGCACAUAUUAUCCUUGCUACAAAUGUCACGAGGAGUUGGCCGGGCAUGAGAUCCAGCGGUGGGCCCGGGCAGAGUUGGAGGAAGCCAAAACUCCCGUGAUACUCUGUGGACAAUGUCACCGGGAAUGGAACUUUAUGGAGUACGCUGCCAGCCCCGAGAUGAAAUGCCAGCAUUGCGGAGUUCAAUUCAACCCCAAAUGCAGCCUCCACUACGAUAUCUAUUUCGAUAUAUAG